AUGUAUGGAGAAAUCAUGAAAGCAACCAAUGUUUUUGAUGAUGUCUAUUGCGUCGGGAAGGGAGGACAGGGAAGUGUCUACAAGGCAAAGCUGCCAUCAGGCAGCACUGUUGCUGUGAAGAAAUUCCAUCAGACACUUGAUGGUGACGAGGCAUCUCAGAAUAAGGAAUUCCUUAAUGAAAUAAGGGCAUUAACUCAGAUACGACUCCGAAACAUUGUGAGGUUUCUUGGUUUUUGUUCAAGUUCCCGUCACUCGUUUUUGGUCUAUGAGUAUCUGGAAGAAGGUAGCUUGGCUGCAAUCUUGAGCAACGAGCAUGAAGCUGAAAAGUUGGACUGGAGCACAAGGGUGAGACUUGUAAAAGGGGUUGUUAAUGCCUUGUGUUAUAUGCAUCAUGAUUGCUCACCGCCUAUUGUGCAUCGAGACAUAACAAGCAGCAACAUUUUGCUGCAUUGUGACUGUGAGCCUUAUGUUUCAGACUUCGGCACUGCUAAGUUUCUGAAUCCAGACUCGUCGAAUUGGACUUCUCUUGCGGGCACAUAUGGAUAUGUAGCACCAGGUUAA